GGGCUUCACCGGAGAAAUAAGAGUCUGUGUGAGCCUUUGGCCAAAGAGGAGCUCCAACUCAACUGGCCCUACUGAUAUUUCCAGCAAAGACCUUUUAGAAAGACCGACUGCUUUUGUAUAUUGAAAGCAAUCAAAAUCAGCUCAAAUUCUGUGAAAAUUCUGAACUUUUGUAUAAAAAAAUGGCAAAGGUAAAUUUAAGCGUAGUGGCAUUGGGGGUCACACUGCUCCUUCUGGCAGAGACAUGGGCCCAGAAUCCCAAGAAGAGACCAGCACCUCCAAAGCCUCUCAAGGCUCAGUGCUGUGAUGAGGUGCGCUCACUCAAGGUUCAGGUUGCCAAUCUGACCAGUCUCCUCGAGGAGCUGAGUCGCAAGCAGGAGACAGACUUAAUGAGUGUUGUGAGGCAAAUAAUGGAGCUGGACAAGCAGAACCGGCAGCAAGAAGCCCGGGUCACAGAGGCAGAGAGCAAGUACUCCGAGAUCAACAACCGUGUGGAGAUCAUGCAGCUACAAACUCUACAGUCUGCUACUCAGACUUCAUCGGAUGCCAUAUAUGACUGUGCAUCCCUAUAUAGCAAGAAUUACAGGAUCUCAGGCGAAUACAAACUGCCUAAAGAUGACUUCCUUGGCACACCUGAAAUCAGUGUCUUCUGUGAUAUGGAGACAAAUGGGGGAGGCUGGACAGUGAUCCAAAGGCGCAAGAUUGGCCUGACGUCAUUCAACCGUGACUGGAAGCAGUACAAAAAUGGAUUUGGAUCCAUCCGUGGAGACUUCUGGCUGGGCAACGACCACAUCUUCCGUCUGACAAGGCAGCCCAGUGUGCUCAGAAUUGAGAUGGAAGACUGGGAAGGACAGAAGCGCUAUGCUGAGUAUGGCUUUUUCACUGUGAGUAAUGAGCUCAACAGCUACAAGCUCUUCCUUGCCAACUACAGUGGGAAUGCUGGAGACUCCCUACGCUACCACAACAACACCAACUUCAGCACCAUCGACAAGGACAACGACAAAUGCGUGGAUCACUGUGCUUCUCUGCGCAAAGGUGGUUACUGGUACAAUUGCUGCACUGACUCAAACUUGAAUGGUGUUUUUUACCGCUACGGAGAGCACACAAAGAAUUCAGAUGGGAUCACUUGGUAUGGCUGGCACGGAUCCAACUACUCCCUCAAGAAAGUGGAGAUCAAGGUCCGACCAGUGGGUUUUCAACCAUAAGUGCUUUAACUGCGUGUCCUGGAUCAAGAUCAUACGCAUGAAUCCUGAGAGAUCUCACUAAUAUCUGUUCAACCAAACUGUGGCUUUCCCUGGACUGCAAAAGGAAUGAAAAUGUUGUUUGUGAUGGUCUGGUUAAAUUUUAAUCAAAUGAAUGUGUAAUGAUUUUGCAGAGUUUGAUUGUAAAUCAUAGAUCAUUUUGUGUAUUUAUCGGUAAGAUAUUUUAUUUUUUAAAAGCUUCGAUAGUUGCUCUUGUACCACUGUCCGUUGGGUUACUGCAUUUUGACUCCUUCUCUCAUUUCUCUUGAAGGCGCUAGGGUGUAUUCUUUCAGUUAACACGCAUCAUUUAUAGGUAGCAGCAAGAAUCACUCCAGACAGGUCUGGUUCAGGUAUAAAUCAUCAAGGACUGGUAGGAACUAAUUAAAAAGAAUCUUUAUGAGUUGCUGGAAUGGGACCAAACAUAGGUACUUCCUAUGAACUACCCUGCAUUUUAUUGUAAAGCCCUAACCAUUGAUUAUGGAAAUCUGUAAUUUGUAAAAUGUGUACAGCUCUGUAAUUAUGUUGUUUUAUGUGAUAGAAAAUAAAAAUAUUUUUUAAAAGAAAAAA